AUCGAGCUGCAACCAUCACUAUCGCAGCUACAAAAACCGAAAGACGUGCUCGCUUAAAGAAUUCGCGAAAAGCAGGUCUGCCGACCUGUAAAAGCAAGGAAAGUGCAGUGCAAGGUGCUUUUCCAUUGUGCCCCGGUAAAAAGCGAUUAAAUCGCGCGGGAAACCCUUCGAAAAUCGGUGAAAAAUGUGCAUGCAAGCAGCGUGUGGCCAGCAAAUCCGCUGCGUACCCACACACUCGCACCCACACACAUAGUAUACACGAAAAGAGAGUGCAGUGCAUCGUUGUGCAAGAGGGAGAAGGGAAGUGUGAACACAACAAAUCCCAACCAGAACUGUGUGCCAAAAAGAAGAAAAUACAUGAAAGAUAGUGAUAUACUUCACUACUCCGCAAUUAUAUCUGAGCAAUCAAAGCGUAUACGUAAUACGCAGUGUUGUAAACAAGUUUAGCGGGUGGCGAUAACGCAUAACAAUGUCCAACAAAAACGAUCUGCUGCUUUAUCUAACGGCGCAGCUACUGCUGGCCUGCUGUCUAAUUGGGAUCCAAGGAUCCAUUCUGCCGGAGGGACACCACAACAUAGUCUGCGAACACUUUGACGAAAAGAUGUGUAACACAUCGCAGGACUGUGAAACGCGGAUCGAACACUGCCAGGUGGAGCAGGACAAGUUUCCCAGCUGCUAUGUGCUGUGGAGCACCAACGAGACGACGGGCGCCAUGCGAAUCAAGAUGAAGGGCUGCUUCACAUAUAUGCACGAGUGCAAUCAGACGGAGUGCGUGACCGGGGAACCGCGACAGGAGAACAUCUUCUUCUGCUGCUGCAAGGGAUCGCGCUGCAAUUCCGACCACAAAUAUAUUAAAACCACAACAGAGGCAACCACGCAAGUGCCCAAAGAGAAGACGCAAGAUGACAGCAAUUUGAUGUACAUUUACAUUGGCACCUCCAUCUUCAGCGUGCUCAUGGUGAUUGUGGGCAUGGGACUCUUCCUCUACCGACGGCGCAAGCAGGCACAUUUUAACGAGAUACCAACGCACGAAGCGGAGAUCACCAAUGCAUCUCCACUACUGUGCAAUCGACCCAUUCAGCUGCUGGAGCAAAAGGCCAGCGGUCGGUUCGGUGAUGUGUGGCAGGCUAAGCUGCAUGGCCAGGAUGUGGCCGUCAAGAUCUUUCGCAUGCAGGAAAAGGAGUCGUGGACGGCGGAGAAUGACAUCUAUAAGCUUCCGCGUAUGCGACACCCCAACAUCCUCGAGUUCCUGGGCGUGGAGAAGCACAUGGAUAAGCCGGAGUACUGGCUGAUAUCCACAUAUCAGCACAAUGGAUCGUUGUGCGACUACCUCAAGUCGCAUACCAUCACUUGGCCGGAGCUGUGCCGCAUUGCCGAGUCCAUGGCCAAUGGUCUCGCCCAUUUACACGAAGAGAUUCCGGGCUCAAAAACAGAAGGUCUCAAGCCGUCGAUAGCUCACCGGGACUUCAAGUCAAAGAAUGUGCUUCUCAAGGGUGAUCUUACGGCCUGCAUAGCGGACUUUGGACUGGCCAUGAUCUUCCAACCGGGCAAGUCGUGUGGCGACACCCACGGCCAGGUGGGCACUCGUCGCUACAUGGCUCCGGAGGUGCUCGAAGGUGCCAUUAAUUUCAAUCGAGAUGCGUUCUUACGCAUAGAUGUCUACGCCUGCGGCUUGGUGCUCUGGGAGAUGGUCUCGCGGUGUGACAUCGCUGGGCCUGUGGGCGAGUUUCAGCUGCCCUUCGAGGCGGAACUGGGCCAGCGACCCACGCUGGACGAAGUCCAAGAGAGCGUGGUGAUGAAAAAGCUGCGCCCGCGCCUGCUUACCGCCUGGCGAGCCCAUCAGGGUCUCAAUGUGUUUUGCGACACCAUGGAGGAGUGCUGGGACCACGACGCCGAGGCUCGUCUUAGCUCGUCGUGCGUAAUGGAGCGCUUUGCGCAGCUCAACAAGUACCCGUCGGCCCAGCUGCUGAUCAAGAACAUAACCAACAUUGAUGAUGCCAAGGAGUCCACGAAUUGCUUAUAGAAGCGGUACUAAGCCACAGGCAAUCUCUAGCGAUGUCUGUGGUUCCCCAGCCCAUCAAUGGGAAGCCCUUCUCGCUCAGCAGUCUAUCGAUAGUUUGAUAAUUAAGCGCAGAUUGUCAUCAGCCAAGCCAAUAUCAGAUAAAGUCUUUAGGAUAAAGUUUUUGUUCAUCGCAAUAGGUCGACAAACAGCCACGAUUUUGCAUCCGUUAGAUGUGAGAAUAUACUGAGCAAAACAAAAGAAAGAGAUUUGGAGAAUGGCGCUAUGUGCAUAGAGAUGUGUUGAUAGUUCAUCUCACAUUGACUUCAUUGACUGAUAACCAUACAUAGUUCUAAAAAGAAACGAAGCAUAUAACGUACAACUUGUUUGAUGAUUAUUGUCUAGCCUUUUUAACUAUAGCCUUUAAUUCCCUUACGUCGCCACCAGGUAGCCAUAAGUUUAAAAAUAAUUUUUAUAUAAUUUCUCUAGAGCUUCAUUAUAAUUUCUUAACCUUUUAAAUUGUAUCUUUUACUUUUAAUUUGUAGUAGACGUUACGUAUUAAUUUCUGUGUUUUAAUGUUGUAUUUUUAAUAAAAUACAUUUACAUUGA